AGUUUACAUUUUGAUUCGUCCAGAAAAAAACUAACAUCGUCUGAAUUUGAAGUAGAAAUUCUUCACUAUUUUAAUCAAAACUAAAAUUCACUCAGUUAUGGGACUGCAGCCACCCAAAGAUUUUGAAGGACUUGUAAAAGAAGCUCAAGGGUUAAUUCAGAAGAAGGAUGACAUGGAAAACACUUUGAAAGAAUACGAACAAGUACUCCAUACAUCUGGAGUAGGUAUGAACGACCCUUUGGUAGAUAGAUUGGGUUUCCCAAGAGCAGAUGUUGAUGUUGCCAUGGUCAGAGCAACGCGUAAUCAAGUUCAUCUGUUACGUAAUGACAUUCAUUCUGUCACCUCAAAGAUAGAAAAACUACUUGUUGAAAUUCAUCAAAUGAAAAAAGCUGACGAAAGCGAUUAUUUAUCUACAAAUGACAUCAAACCGUCGCAUAAUACUAUUAUACCCUUUGCUGUUGUCAAUGCAGUCGCACCAGAUUCACCAGCCUAUCUUGCAGGAUUACGUCGGCAACAUAAAAUUAUUCAGUUUGGACCAAUCAAUAAGGAUAAUCAUCAGGGAUUACAAGCACUGAAUGCAGUUGUCAACUCAAGUGAAAAUCAACAAAUUCAGGUGAAAGCACUGAAAGAAGAUGGGAGUAUUAUUGAUUUCACAGUAACACCAAAAACAGGCUGGGGCGGUAGAGGAACAUUAGGAUGUCAUCUGUUACCUUUAUAAAAAGCAGUAUAUAUACAUAGAAUCUUUUUUCUUGAGCGAAUAACUACCCGACUUUGUAUGUAGAAAGUAUACUGUGUUUUUAUUAACAAGUAAAUAUUUGGUCGGCCCAUUUGGACCGAUAUAAACUACAUUUUUUUAUUGGACAGACCCCUCAGUUUACACGACACGUGUGGUUACUACAAAGCUUAAGACCUGUAUUUUUAUUUCGUUGAGUUUUUAAAUUAUCUUUUAUAGUAUUAAACAGAUCUAAAUCUCUCAAACAACAUCAGUAAAAUUUAAAGUUCAAACAUGCCUCC